GGAAUUUACGAACAAAAAUAUUUACAUCGAAAACCAAGAUGACAUGCCGGUGAACGUUAAUUUUUAAAUUAUAUAUAGUUUAUGAGAAUUGCUGUUGAUGAUUAAAAGAAAUGCCGUCUUUUAAAUCAACGAAAUAUUUGUUUGUGCCUUGUGAACUGAGAAACAACUACAUAAGUGUGUACAUAGGUGUGCUAUCGAAACAUUCAGAUGAACUGUCUGCAGAAGUCUUGUCUCUCACAAGCAAUGAAAAUGCCAAAGACCUUGUCGAACAAUUUAAAAAGAUUUUCACUGCAAUAAGAAAGAAAAUAAUAGGAGACCACACUGAAACAGUUUCUCCGCAUCUGCAGUAUAUUGCUGCUUUGCUGUUUGCCUGCACCACAAAAAAUCCACUGAGGAGGGUAAUCAUCAGUUCCUUUCAAAAUCUUCCCAAGUCUGUUCAGGAAGCAGUAGUUGAGCCAGCAAUACUAGAUGGUUUCAGGCACAUGUUUGAGCCUACACAAGGCAGGAGCUCAUUGAGUGAUGCAGUUUUAUCUUUGGAAGAGAUGGUUCCACUAAGGCACAAUGUUGACACCAUAUCAGCAAUAACGGAAAACUUCCAUCUUGGUAUUGAUUGUGCAGGUGUGCUAUGCCUAGAGAUCCUUCACUAUCUCACACAAUUGGCUCAGACAUUCUAUCAAGUCUAUAGUCCCAGUUUAUCACCCCUGGGCCAGAAUGAGGUUAUGCAUCAUUGCCUUGAGGCAGUCAAGCUGACCAAUCGGAUCUGCCAGAAGACUGCGGUCACCUUGGAAACCAGGAUGAAAGAAGAUGAGGCAUUGUCACAGUUAAGGAACAUAGCCAAACAAUGUAUCUCAACAGAUAUAAGCAUUCUGAAAAGCGAUGGGUUCCUCAUUGACUGUAAGACAUCCAGUGCAAUGAACAUCUGCCUCAUGCUAAACCAUGCUGGGAUGGAGGAAAAAGUGUUGGGACUGUUCUCUCACACUGUGUUCAGUCACAUUCCUGUGCUCCGAGAUACUGGUUCCCCACCCCCAUCAUGGCUGGAUGGUGUCGGAAUGGAUCAGUUGGCACAGGGGGACUUGACCAGCACUAGCUACCUGUGCUUCAUGUAUGGCAUGCUUGCUAUGGUACCCAUGGAAACCCUGCUCAGUCUGGUUGGCAACAGGGUAUUCUUGAUGGAUUGCAUGCUACCAGAGUUGUUUGAUCUAAGUGAAAGGUGCUCAGAUGUAGGCAGUAAACUACUGGCUGCCAAGUCCAUCUGUCUUUUAACCCAAAGAGUCAGAGAGCACCUUGAAGUGAGAGGUAGUUAUGAGGACUGGCAGUCAUGUUUCCAUGGUAACAGUGUUGCUCUCCAGUCCUGCUUACAGUUUGUAUUCACCGCCUGGGAGGAUGCACUCGAUGCUGUUCGUUUUGUUGUGAGGGAUAUCUUCCAAUCUGUAGUGUCUCUGCACCUCUGGUAUCUCCAGUCUCAAGGUCAAUGUACACAGGAUGAUGAAUUCUUGCACAAUCUCUGCCUGACCAUCCUUCAUGAUGUCAGCUGGUCAUGCAAAGGCAAAUAUGGCACCCUGUCUGUUCUGGUCAGACAUCUUGGAAGUGCGAGGAUGUUGGCGUGGGAUUCUGGGAUAGCCAUGCAUGUCAUGCAGCAAAUGCAAGAACAUACUCUGGCAUGUUAUGCCAGUGAGCUCUAUGAGUGCUUGUUCAGAUGUCACAUGGCUGAGCUGGACCAAUCAGAAUCUAGCAAGGUCACAUGGUUCACCCAGUGGGUGGUUCCAGUAUUGGAGACGCUCUGCCAAAAAUCAAAUCUUCAGAAAAAGCACACUAUUGAGUAUGUGUUACCGCGGCUACUGAAGUGUGGGGAGAAUACUCUACACAGGAUCAUAUCACACCUCACCCAGCUGGUAAACUCUGCAGACAAGCAAACCAGUUCUGAGACCCAGUUGGGUGCCCUGAUAUUGUGCCUGCGGCGGGCCCGAGCCCUUGGGAUGUUAAAGAAGGGGGGCUCCAGUAUGGCAGUUGCUUUGAUGCCAAGGCAACAGAAUGCCAUAAAAAAGCACACUGAAAUCACAUCAACCAAUAUGGAGGGACCUGGUACCUUAGAUCUCCAGACUGAUGAAACAGUGGAAGCAAUUAGCAAUGAAACUGAAAGUUGUUGCAAUGUUGAUGCUUUUAAAAGUGUCAGUCAAAAAGAAAAUGCAAUGAUUUCUGAGAUUGAAAGUGAUAAUUCCAAAGGUGACUGUGAGGUGUGGUAUGGUUUGGUGACUGUGCAAAUGUUAAAGGAUGCACUGGUAUGCAGGGAUGAGCAAGUGAGGCUGGACACAUUCGCUCUGUUGUGUGAGAACCAGAAGACCUCUGAGGUGGUUGUGAUGUCAGAGUUGAGGCUCAUUAGGAGUUUCAUACCAGACAAUUUUAACAACCAGAACCCCGCCUUCCGUCAACAGUUUGUAGCACUGUUGAAGAAGUUGCUGUUACGCUUGAAAGAGAGUGGUGGGGCGUUGUACAGACAGAAGAACAAGAACAGUGAGACUGGUAUGAAAAGCUAUCAGGAUUUCCUUGCCUGGCUGUCAAGGGCAAUGUUGGACAGUCUGUAUCCUGGGGCAUCGUUUGCCCAGAGGUCCACCUGUCUGUCAGGGCUGGGGCUUCUACUGGACCUGUAUGGACCACUCACGGACAUUAAAGAACCCUCCACCCCAGAGCUGUUCCUGCUGAACGACAUCAUAGUUGAGUGUGACCUGUACACUUUACUGCACUGCCUCACUGACUCAUUUGAGGACAACAAGAGGGAGGCUGCUAGGGUAUUGAUUGCUCUCACCGGAAAACCUGCAUUACAGCAGCUCAUGACCAGUAACCUACUCUCACAGCUGUUCAGGAUAGCCCUUGACCUCUCUCAGAGCACGCGACCCCAGGACAGCACCACCGCCACCUAUCUCUUCCAAGUGUUCACACGUCAGCCCCAUUCAAUGGACAUUCUCAUACAACACAUACACAACCUUCAACAAUCCCAGGCUGCAAACUCAACAAAAGACCCAACAGAAAGAGUUGAAAACAAUGAAACUAUAAGGGAUGAAAAUGUUACUCAAGGGGGUGAACUCUUCCAGCAUGCUCUGUCUUCUGGUAAGCUUGAUGGGAGUUACCUUCUCUUGGUUAUUUUCAUGGCUAGCCUGGGGGAGCAGUACAUGGUAGCAAGGACCAGUCUGGCAGUGGCUGCAGCCAACAAGCCUCUCUACCCAACACUGAUGUGUAUCAGAUACUGUCUGGACAGGAUUAACUUCAGUUGUAUAGGCUCUGAAGAGUUCCCCAGUUGGAGAAAGCUUCUGUCCCACUUCCUGGUCUUGUGUCUCAACAUUUCCACUGUGGUCUCCCCUGUUGUGUGUAACUCUUCACCUGAAGGCAAUGUGGAGGCUAUAUCAGGCGAAGCAGCUGGUGAAAUGGACGGAGUUUACAUGACUGAUCCUCCUAUGCAUAACAGCGAUCAUGACACUGACGGCAGACAGGCAAGACACACAGUCGACGCAGCCAGUAUCUCUCGCAGCCAUGAGAUGGUCAGUCACAUGCCGGAGUACCUGAUAGUCUGCUGCUGGCGGACCAUCAAGGAGAUCUCACUGACCCUUGGUCAGCUGACCAGCUCACUGGCCACACUAGACAGUCUUAUGGAGGCUUUGCUGGACCCAACACAGGUGAUACUGAUUGGGGAUUAUUUUACCCAGCUUUUGCUUGAGUCCAAACACAGAGGGGCCUUUGAGCUGGCCUAUGCUGGUUUUGUCAAGGUCACUGAGGUUCUUUGGAGGAGUGGUAUUCCUACCCUGCACCAGCUUCCCCGAGCCUGGCUGUGUAGCGUACUAAAGGAUAUCAAGUCAGGUGACCCAGGCUCACGACUCUGUGCCACACGUAGGAGUGCAGGGGUGCCAUUCUAUGUGCAGGCCCUGGUGACCACUGAACCCACUUCUACAGGGAGGCAAUGCUUUAAGCAGACAAUGCAAGAGUUACUGGCCUUGGCAUUGGAUGAGUCAACUGUCACUCUGGAAAUGUGCAUUGGAAAGGUUCAUGCCCUGAACAUUCUGCGUGCCCUGUACAAGGACUCGAGACUUAAAGACGAUGUUGCCCCAUACGUUGCUGAUGGCCUCAAGGUGGCAAUACUUGGCUUCAAGUCUCCACUCUGGACAGUGCGUAAUUCUGCCACUUUGCUGAUGACGGCUAUGAUGACUCGGGUGUUUGGAGUGAAGAGGAGCAAAGACGAGUCCACUUUAUCCAGGAAAAAUUGCCAGACUGGUCGUACAUUCUUCUACAACUAUCCGAGCCUCUACCAAUUCCUGCUCGAUGAAAUUGCCAUGGCGACAGAAGACAUUACUGAUCAGCUGCACCCUGGACUGUUUCCCAUUUUGAUGGUGCUUGGUAGACUUUUCCCGUCUGCCAUGGAGGGAACUGACACCAGUCUAAACCUCGGGGCUUUCAUUCCCUUUGUGAUAAGGUGCAAUGCAAGUCCUGUACUUAAGACACGAGAGAUGGCUUCUAAAGCUCUUCAGCCAUUGGUUGACAAGGAUCAUGUGACCAGUGUUAUCAGUGACCUACUGGCCCUCUUACCAUGUUCUCCAUGUGAUAUUUUCAAACAGAACCAGAUUCAUGGGACCCUUCUUCAGUUGAAUCAGAUAAUGCGGACAGUGCCAAUGCUGACACCGUCUAUAAAGUCCAGUGUUGAGGACCUCAUCCAAGGAUGGUGGUCUCACAGAAUGCACAUGAUCAUCUCAAGACAGAACAGUUGUCUGCUGACAAGGAAAGAAGCCCUGGAAGUGACAUCAUCCAUUCUUCAUUUCUAUAGCUACCAGAACCAUCUCCAGACAUGUCUCAUGAGGACACUGUUUGUGGAGGCUGUCACCGGGGGAAACGGUUUCUAUGACAAAGGUUCUCCAGGCCUAUGGGCUUUCCAGUCGACCGUAUGUAGGCUUUACAUGAAACACUCUGUGAUGAACAAGAUUAGUACCAGUCAUACAUCACAUGGUAAUGAAGAUCAUAAUGCCAAAAAUUAUAGCAAUCACAAAGAUGUUGUUGUUGUUUUUCUGAAGUCCAGCAUGUAUGAAGUGCGGCAGACAGCUCUGGAGCAAUUGCUUGGGAUGUUUGGGUCUUUGGAUGGCCAGGAGGGAGACAUGAAGGGAUGUGGGGAGAGGGUUUUGGUAGCCUGUGAUGACAAAAUGUAUGCUGCUCUGGGUCGGAUGGUGGUGACAGAAUCUCAUGAAGUCUGCAUGGAGCUCUUAUUUAGGUUGCUGACCCUACUGCCAGUUCCAAGUUCAUCUUCCCCCGAUAUGGUCGGUGAUCAGCUGCUCUCCUGCAUUGACAAAAUAGCUGAUUUCACUGGCAAUGACAAAGUGCUGGCAGCCCUUCUGGGUUACACAGGGGCGCUGUUAAGUGCACUGUUCUGCAAGGGUAUGGAGAGUGCGAGGGCUAGAGACGUUACCAGGAAGUGGGUGGAUAUGAUGCAAGGGUAUACCUCCUGCCUGGACACAGACACUGAUAUCCUGUUCAGCUGUGCUCAGUCACUGAGAUGCGUGGCCAAACAUUUACUGAGGCAUGCUGAUUUCCAGUUGGUGUGUGAUGUGUUCAAGUGUACACUUGACUUGCUACAAGCAGAGGACCUCAAUGUAAGGGAAACCACUGCAGGCAUUGCAGAUAUGACAUCAUCUGGUGCUCUUUCAGUCUCAGUACAGCCUGUGGCUGCAGAGCAGAUGUUACUGCAGUGCUGGCAGGAUGAAGCAAGGGCCAGGGGAAGACAACUGGAGUUUGUACACGCUCUCCUGUCUGUGGUGUGUCAGAUCAAAACACAGAAUCAGGUUUUCGAGGAGAGGUUGUUUGAUAAAGGGGAGGUAAACUCCUACUGGGACGAGAUCAGAGUCCUGAUGGCAGUUAGUUCUUCAAUAAGCCAGUGCCUAGGACAGAUGGACAAUAAUAUGGAAAGCCUGUCCACAGAAGUCAGUGACCUAAAACAGUCAAUUCAUGACGUCAUAUUAGCAUUCCUAUCUCAAAGUGAGGCAGCUACUGUUACUAGGGAGACACUCAAUCUUGCCACCAUUCUUGUGAACCCUCAGCACUAUCAGAAACAUGUGGUCAGCUUGUACAAGACCAGUGUUGUGUGUAAAGUACAGACUGCUUUAUUUCCAGGAGAGAAAUCUUUAGCUUCAUUAGGGCAGGAUGUUAUAUCCAAUUUAAAACAGGCAAUAAGUGUCAACGCACUACCACAAAUUGUUCGUCAGGGCUGUGUUCAGACAGCUCCCCUUGAAACACCAAAAGAAAGUCCUUAAAUUAAUAAAAUUACUUAAGACUUGUAUGAUAACUUGUGUUUGGCAGAUUAAAGCUGUUAUUUAAUAAGCGAUGUAUUUGCGAUUGUUUUAGAAACGGUAAGUUUGUACUUAAUAUGAUACAGUGCAUUUAAGAACGUGCAGUUGUUUACUGUACAGCUGCCCGAAAAUCUUUAGAACUAUUUUCAAAACAUUUGCUCUGCCCAUAAUUUUUACAGAAUAAACCUUACUUUAUCCCCCUGGUUAAUUAUAGGAAACAUGCUGUGUGUCAUGUUAGAGUCAUACAUACAUUUCAUUCACCUGAGUUAAUUGUGUUGCUUUCAUUAGCGGAUUUGUAUGAAUUAUAUAAAAAUAAAACUAGUGUAAAAUGUAUUGCAUAGCAGUUAGUGUACUUAGAAUUUACAGUCGCCAUUAUAUAAUACACUAAUGCCAGUGACAUUAUGCUUUGAUCAACAUUUGUCAAAUUUCUCAACUAAUAGCUGUGUUGAUGAAUCUUGCCAACAAGUUUACAAUUUUAGCACUAUGUUAUAUUUUAGACAGUUUGUGUUUAAGUCGUUCGUAUUAGACCUUCUGUGUUGAUCAUUUACAUAUAUAUGAACCGAAGUUAAUGACCAACCUGCUACAAACAUCAACAUACUCGAGUUUUAUACCAACCAAUUGCAAAACUCCACUAUAUAAAAACCCUUUUUUCCCUAAGACAAUAAUAUUGUGGAACAAUCUUGAAGAAAGCGUUGUGCGUGCAGACACAGUAGACAGUUUCAUGUCAACUGUCUAACAGUGGGACUAUCUCCCUCUCUUCUGUUGCGCCGAGGCUGAAAGAUCUAGAUAUUUGGUCUCUGUAAUUGGUUCAACCAUCCACUCUAUGUUUUCUCCAUAGCCGUUUUUCCACAAUUUUAUGUCGUAGACUUUCUCCUACUUAAAUACAAAAUGAUGUUUU